AUGAAGAACUCGUGUCAGCGAUGUGAAGGCACCCAGGUGAGCUUUGAACCGCCGCUCCCAGAGGCAGCUCGCGGAAAGUCAGGAAGCUCCCGUGCCCGCGGGGAGAGGCUGCAGGUGCCCGGGCCAGGGCAGCCAGAGGCGGCCCGCCUCCCGCUACCCGUCCCGCACGGAGCCGACCGGGGCCCCCCGACGGGCGGUGCCCGCCCGGCCCGGCCCCGCCCCGCUCCUCGGGGCGCGGAGGGAGCGCGGCCGCCCCGCGGUGCCGGACGUGUGCGCGGAGCGCGGCCAGGCGCCGCGGCCGCCCCUCCCGCUGGCCAGAGAGAGCCGCGUCCCGCCGGGAGCGGGGCUCGGCAGGACCGCCGCGCGGGAGGGAGGGGAGCGGGGAAGGAGGGAGCGAGGGAAGGAGGCAGUCUGGCGGCCGCGGGCGCCUCGCCGGGUCGCGCCCUGGGUCCCCGCCGCGCUCCCCGCGGGGAAGGCGCCCGGGUGCCGUCCCGCUCCGCCGCUGCCCCGGCGAUCGCCGGGCGGCUCUCGCCGGCGCCACAGCCCCGUCCGUGCCGCCACCUCCGCGCUGUGCCCCGUCCCGCCGCGGCUGUUCCCCGGCCUGUCCCUAAGGCUACAGCCCUGGCCCAGGAGAAGCAGCCGCCCGGCCGCCGCUCGUGCAAUGAAUGGAAGCGCAGCCAGCGGUCCAGGUCCUCCCUCCCGUCCUCCCAAUCCCGCAGAACUUCAGCGGUGCCGCUGCCUCACCGCUCUUGGGCAGAGGCGGCUCCUCCGCGCUGGGGCUCCGCUCUCGCCGCCGCCUCCGGCCCGCGCCCCGCCGGGCUCACCCUCCUCCGCUCCCGCCGCGACCAUGCACCGAGGGAGGAGGAAUGGGAUCCCGGCGAGGGCCGACCCGGCCGCCCCCAGCCGGAGGGAGGGAGCCGCGCCGAGGGGCGGGGAGGGACGGGACGCGGGCGCCCUGCCCUGCCCAGGACCGGCCCCCUCAGGCUGACGUCCCCCGCUCCCACACCGCCGGCCGCGGGGGAGCGCCCAGAGCGGGGCCGGGCGGGGGCCGAGCCCGGGUGUGGAGGCACCGCGGCCAUGGGCGGGCUGGCGUGCCCCGGUCGCUAUCGCAGCCGGAGACAGAGGCUCUGGAAAUAG